AUGGCUACUCUCGGAGUCGUCUUGUUGACACUUUGCUCCCUACUAGCGGGCCUGACUUUGGCCCUCGGUGGACUUGAUAUGACCUGGUUACAGCUGCGGAGCGUCACUGGAACACCCAAACAACGGCAGCAAGCUCUUGUGGUCGCCAGGAUCAAACGGCACUCGACUUGGAUGCUUUGUUCUUUUAUCCUUUGCUCCGUUGCUUGUGGCGAAUCACUGCCUUUCAUUAUCCAAAGCCUCUGGCAUGGAAACCAAAAAUGGGCCCCUAUUCUUUUCUCGACAUUCUCCAUUGCGUUAUUUGCCGAAAUCCUUCCUCAAUAUCUGAUCCCCCGUCACACUAUUGCCUGGGGCUAUUAUUGCUGGCCGCUGAUAUGGGCCUCCAUGUGGCUCACAUCCAUCCUCAGUUACCCUCUUGCUCGGUUUCUGGAUACUGUUUCUCGGCGCAAAGAUGAACAUAGUCUAUUCACAAACGACGAGAUGGCUGCCAUUAUCAAGUACCAUGAGCAAUCCGAACGACACGGUGGUAUGAUUGGUCCAGAUGCUACCCGGAUUAUGCUUGGAGCUCUGAGCCUGGAUUCACGAAAGAUUGGAGGCGACAUUACCCUGAUUCCAGAGAAGCAUGUCAAGGAUGAGAAGGAUGUGGAGAAGGCGGAUCUUGUCAUCCUUCAGGGAAUGAUUGUGCAUUGGUCUGCUGUCAAAACUAUCAGCAUUGAUGAUCCGGUCGACAAGGCUUUCAUCUCGAGGAUCAAGCGUUGGUCAUAUAGCCGUAUUCCGGUGAUUGGUAGUACUCAAUCUCCUGAAGUUCAAGACGGCAAGUCUACCACCGAGUCCAGCUGGAAGGGGAAACAGGUCUUCGGCUUUCUCCAUGUAAAGAAUCUUCUUGGUCUGGACAUCUCGAAGAAUAAAGUCUUCGUUAGAGAUCUACCUUUGUAUCCGCUGCCUAUUGUCCACGAGGAUAUGCCAGUAUAUGACCUCCUGAACAUAUUCCAACUGGGGAUGUCACGAAUGGCAAUUGUGGUUCCGAAACCAUUCAACUCUCUACAAGCGAACAUUCAGACAUCGCCAAAAGGUAGUUUCAACGAGUUCCAGGCACCGCGAUGGACAGCCACGGAGAAGAUGAAUGCUCAUAUAUUGUCUCGUUUGAAGGGAUUGGGAUUGGACGGGUCUACUGACUGGCCCACCGACUUUAUGGGGGCUGCAAAAUCUAAUAUCGAAAAUCCCGUCUGCCCCAAGAAGGAUGUGGUUGGAAUCAGAUGCCCAAAGCCCGUUGGGAUUGUCACCUUCGAAGACGUCAUUGACGCGAUUCUCCAGAAGACGAGCCGUGAUGAGAGAGACUUUUUUGAUCGUGAAAACAUCCCCCCUCCCACCAAGAGCAAGAAAACUGGUGACUACAUCAAUCCGCAACAUGAUAAUGGUCAGAAAGAAGACGGCGUUCCUGUUUAUGCGCGUAAAGCUCAAGUCUCCUUUCAACGAUCAUUACCUAGAACUCUCAGAAGACGAAAUGUUUCUACCAAGGUGCUGCCAGCAACAGGUGCCAUGGAUGGAGCUGAUGAGCUGAGCAUUGAUAGCGCUGGUGCUCUAGCUAUCAUACUUCGCAGAUCACGCAGCAGCUACGAAGACAGCUCCUAUACAGAAAACAGUCAAGGUGGCUUCCACUGCUCCGGCGAGUCCAGAUCAACAGUUAUUUCGCUGCCGAAAGCAGAAGAAUUGGCCAGCUCUUCUCCCUGUAUAGUUCUGGAUUCUCCAGUCAGAACCUCGGUCAAAACUCCAAUCAGAACUCCACUCAAAACUCCAAUCAAGACCCCAAUCAAAGCUUCAGCCAGAACGGUGAGUCUGCCAUCGAAAAGAGCAGUUGCUAUAGCUCUCCCAGAACGAUUGACGCCUGGCUUGAGACAAGUAAGUUCAGGGGUUAGGCUUCCACGUAUCAGGAGAGUCACACCAUUUUCCCGGCAGCACUACUCGAGUUACGAAAGAAUGGAGCAGACAGAAAAACAAGAAUCGAUAUCUUCAGUGGCUCCGAUGUCACCUGCAGCAGUUCCAGCUCGUCAAUCCGACCCCUCAACGGAUAUCAAUCACCCCAAAGUCGAUACCGACUCAAGCGUAGAACCCUCCAGGAGCCUUGAUAAUGCCGGUAAGAGUUCUGGUGAGAGCAGUGGUGUGGCGCUUUCUUUGGUCUCUUGGUGCCCAAAUGGCUUGGUUGAUGUUGAUAAAUGGAAUGAGGGAAUAUACGAUUCUUCUGCCGUCGACUCUUCAGCCACUCUAAUGGUAGAAAACCAUGUUUCUACCCCAGAAUGCGAGGUCCAGCAAGAUACAGAUAAUAUUGCCCCAGAGCCAUACGGUGGCUUUCCCCCGGAACUCCUUGACGUUUCUAAUACGGGCAAGGAGAAUCGGACCUCCAAAGCUGUUGCCAGCACCCUUCCUCGCAUGAUAGGUCUAAGAGCAGAUGUCGAUUCCCUCGUCGAUAGGCAUGAUUGUGUGGGCCCAGUCAGAGAAGAGAGUUUCCAUGACGACAGAGCAAUGCUGCCGAGCCAGCGGAGGGUUAUCAAUACUAGCGCAAGUAUGAAUAUGAGUGGCCCGAGAAGCUCCAGUUUAUGGUUCUAAGUGGCUUGCACUGAUCGUUUUCAUAUAAAUGAUUUGGGGUUGUCGGAGAAAUUAGAAGUGUGAACUUCUACCUCGAAAGCUCAAGCUAAACAGAGUCUAGGCAGCUACCUUGGAUGCCACACAUGG